AUGACGCUUGAAACUUAUUACCGGCGAUGCCUACAUAUGUGCCAGAGGGUCAAUCGCAGGCUUUUAUUCAACAACUCUGGCAGCGGCUACCAGAAUAUCAAGACCAGUGCGGGACCCCGAUACAACAACACUGACUCUAAAAAUAUCUUUACGGCCACAAUUUGCGGCUUCCAAAUCUCCGAAGGACGUGGACGUUCUUGCUUGACGGUCUUGCCUGAAAGCACGGGGCUAAAACUUACGAAUUCGAUCAUGGAACGAAUAUGGCAGGUCCACGACUGCUCAGCUUCUGGCGGAACCCUUUCUGGCCUCAGGCUUACCACUCUCCUUUCACAUGCAUAA